AUGGAGAAGGUUGAGACUCCGUUAGAGGAGCUUUAUAUAUCCUUUCAGGAGAUUGAGAGUCAGUCUCCGGCCUUGGCAUCAUUGUUGAAAUAUCCAGAUUGGCUCUCAAAGGGACUUGUAUAUCAAAGACUGUUGCUCAAAGCUCUCGAUGCAUGUUCAGAUGUAGCUGGUGUCAUCUUGCUUGGUAUAUGUGUUAACAAUCCAACACUCCUGGUGAAACUCGUGGGCCAUGUCUCUGCAGUUGCAAGUAUCAUUCUCCAGAGCAACGUACUCUUUUUCGACCGGCUCGUCAGCGGGAAGCUCUGUGCCUUUGAGAGUGUUUGA